CCCGGUUUUUGCGUCAUCUUCUGGCGACAGAACCCAGCUUCGCGCCAAGCAGUUGGAUGAUUAGAUUACUUUUUUUUCUGACAACAAACCUGCGAGAAAGCUGUUUAUGAUGGACAUCAGGCGGUUCUUUGCACCGACUUCAGACAAGUCUGCGGUGCAGAAGCCAGCUGCAAAUGGAAACGUCAGAACAGAGAAGAAGAAGAAGAAUCCUCUGUCUUCAGACGAGGAGGUGAAGAAGAAAAAGAAAGAGACCGCCAAGGUGAAAAGCUCCAAACCAGAGGAGAAACAAAAGGACAGUGAGAAAAAACGAAAGAAGCGUGCAGUCAUAGAAUCUGACUCGGAGGAUGAGAAGCCAGUGAGCAAGACAAAGAAAUCCCCAAAAGUGAAACAGACGACCAGCAAAAAGGAGCCACCGCCCAAAAAAGAUCCUGUGCAGUAUGUUUCUGAAACAGACUCAGACAGUGACAACUUUCAGACCUUGAAGAAGGUCUCCAAACCCAAGCAGAAUGGCACGGCCAAACAGACAAAGUCCGAUGCAGGCAGUGCUCGUCCAGGAGUCAAAGAGGAGCUGAAGUCUCCGUCCAAGCCCUCCACCACACAGGGGAAAGCUGCGCUGAAGUCUCCCGUCACCCCAAAGUCAACCUUGCCUCCUCCGUGCAAACAAACCCCCACCUCAGUACUCGACUACUUUGGCAAUGCGACUGUUCAGCGUUCAGAUAAGAAGCUCGUAGCCAGCACCAAACGAAAGGCUCCAACGCAGGACGCAGAUGAUCUGAUGAGUGAUGAGCAAAUCGCCAAACAGCUCCAGAUGGAUGAGGACAUGAUGGAGCUGGAAAAGCAGGUCCAUGAGGACGAGGAAUUUGCCAGAACUCUGGCCAUGCUGGAUGAGGAGCCUCAAGCGAAGAAGGCUCGUAAAGGCUCUGAUGAAAAACCAGCCACUACUGCAUUCCCCAAAAUGAGCAGUACAGACUCUGCUGCUGGCAGCAAGAGCAGCCUGUCAAAGACCGACCGAAGGGGCAGCGUGUCGGAGGAUGUGAUUGGCCCGACUCCUAAGAAGGAACCCGCCCCUGUCAAAGCCAGUCUCAAACUGGCCAUGAUGAAGAAAAAGGCCGAGGAGCGAGACGAAGGACCGAAGGGCAAAACGCCAAUUUCACCCACAAAAAUAAAAAUCUCUCCCAAAAAGGAGCCCCUCGCUUCCUCGAGCUCUGACAAGAAGUUCACUCCCAAAACGGGAACCACACCUACCACCGUUAAAACUUCUCCAAAGAAACCAGAGAGCACAAGUACGAGUCCUGAGGACGCAGAGAAGAAGAAGGGCAACUCUGCAGCUUUCAGGAACUUCCUCAACAGAGAUGGACCACGAGCUCUGGGCUCCAAGGAAAUCCCACAGGGUGCAGAUAACUGUUUGGAGGGCUGCGUGUUUGUGCUGACGGGGGUCAUGGAGUCCAUGGAGAGGGAUGACGCCAAGUCCCUCAUCGAGCGCUACGGAGGCAAGGUGACGGGCAACAUCAGCAAGAAGACCACCUACCUGGUGCAGGGCAGAGACAGCGGAGUCUCCAAGCUCGAGAAGGCGGAGAGUCACGGAACCAAGAUCCUAGAUGAGGAUGGUCUGUUGGAGCUGAUCAGAACCAAACCAGGGAAGAAGUCCAAGUAUGAGAUCACUGCAGAGGCUGAGAGCAAAGCCUCAAAGACCAGGACUCCCCCCAGCAAGACCUCAAAGAGCACCCCCAAAGCCCAGAAGAUCUCUCCCUCCAAGGGGAAUUCCCGUUCCCCUCACACCCCGAGCCCAUCAAAGACCAGCCUGGCACAAGGCCACGGUGCCAGGACCAGAUAUGGUAGCACUCCACCUGGGAGAGGCUCAGGUCACACAGCCCGCCGGGAACUCGGCCUUUCCUCCUCCUCCUCCUCUUCUUCAUCCUCUGCACAAGGAAAAUCAUCCCCAGCAGCAACAGGGGAGGACGCCAGUCUGCUGUGGGUGGACAAGUACCGUCCACUCUCUCUGAAGACUGUGAUUGGUCAACAGGGAGACCAGAGCUGUGCCAAUAAGCUGCUCCGCUGGCUGCAGAACUGGAACAAACACCACAGCGGGGGCUCUUCAAAGCCAGCAGCUGCGAGGUUUGGUAAGUUUGGAGGAGGGAAAGAUGAUGGAUCAGCAUUCAAAGCUGCUCUGCUCUCUGGACCUCCUGGCGUGGGGAAGACCACUACAGCUGCCCUUGUCUGUGAGGAGUUGGGCUUCAGCUACGUGGAGAUGAACGCAAGCAGCACUCGCAGCAAAAACAGUCUGAAGGAAGUCGUCGCAGAGUCACUUAACAACACCAGCAUCGAGAGCUUCUACAAAGGCACCUCUCAGAAAGUGAGCAGUAAACACGUCCUGAUCAUGGAUGAGAUUGAUGGCAUGGCUGGCAACGAGGACCGCGGAGGAAUCCAGGAGAUGAUCGGUCUGAUCAAAAAUUCAAAGAUUCCCAUCAUCUGCAUGUGCAAUGAUCGUAACCACCAGAAGAUCAGGUCACUGGCCAACUACUGCUUUGAUUUGCGCUUCCAGAGGCCGCGAGUGGAACAGAUCAAGGGAGCCAUGAUGUCCCUCGCUUUCAAAGAGGGAAUCAAGAUCCCACCCCCAGCUCUUAAUGAAAUUAUCCUAGCCUCCAAUCAGGACAUACGACAGGUGAUCCACAACCUGAGCAUGUGGUCAGCCAAAGACAAGGUGAUGACGUAUGACCAGUGCAAGUCGGACGCAGCCAGUGCCCGCAAGGACAUGAAACUGGGGCCGUUUGAUGUUUGUAGGAAGGUGUUUUCCUCGGGGGAGGACAGCGCCCACAUGAGCCUCAUCGACAAGUCGGACCUCUUCUUCCACGACUACUCGCUAGCCCCGCUCUUUGUCCAAGAGAACUACCUGCAUGUUCGGCCAAGGGCUGCAGGUGGUGACCUGAAGUCCCACCUGAUGUUGCUCAGCAAGGCGGCCGACUCCAUCUCUGACGGAGACCUGGUGGACAGACGGAUCCGCUCUGGGCAGAACUGGUCGUUGCUGCCCACCCAGGCAAUCUAUGCCAGUGUUUUACCAGGCGAGCUGAUGAAAGGCUAUAUGAGUCAGUUCCCCACCUUCCCCAGCUGGCUCGGCAAGUUCUCCUCCACCAACAAACAUUCCCGCAUCGUCCAGGAGCUGGCCUCACACAUGGGUUUAAAGACGAUGAGCAGCAGACAGGCGGUGAACCUGGACUACUUGUACUACCUGCGGCAGGCGCUGCUGAGCCCUCUUCAGAGGCACGGAGCAGAGGGCGCCGGUGAAGCUGUGCAGCUGCUGGACAACUACCAGCUCAUCAAGGAAGACGUGGACAGCAUCAUGGAGAUCAGCAUCUGGGGCGGACAGCCAGACCCCUACUCCAAACUGGACUCUAAGGUGAAGGCAGCAUUCACACGGGCCUACAACAAAGAAGUUCACCUGACGCCGUACUCUCUGCAAGUGGUGAAGAAGGGCCGUGGCGGUGGGGAGUCGGAGUUGGGAGGAGAGGAUGUGGACAACGGAGCUCAGGAGUCUGAGGACGAGGGCCUCAAAACUGACGCCAUGAUCAAACAGAAGAAGGCCAAAGCAACCAAGGAGUCCAAGAAGAAGGAGAAGGAGGAGGAUUCUGGGAAGGACAAGGAUAAAGGCAAGGGCAAGGGGAAGGGAAAAGGCAAGGCCAAGAAAUGACCUCUGACCAGAGGAGGAAAACUGUCCUGUCUACCUCCCUCCGCCCCCACAGACUUUACUCUUUCUCUGCACUUGCAACGAUCCCUAAAUGAGUAUCGUAAAGUAGUGAGUCUUGUUACUUUAGGCUACAGGUGUCCCUCAUUCAAACACUUAAUGCUAACCCCGCUAAGCUAGUAAGAAAGGUUUCCACUUUUUUAACUUCCUUUCGUGUUUCCAUCAGAGCAAACGAAUGAUGUAUACUAUCUGCUUGUUCCGUUCAUUAUCAUGUCUAUACCUCUAUAGCAACGUGUCUCAUAAGGAUUAUAUUGCAUUUCUCCCGCCAUCAGUUUUUGGUCCAGGUGUUGAGGCUGUAAAUAAUGUGACUGAUGUAUAAGGCUGUUCUCUUUGCUACGACUACAAUACAGAAAUGUUUUAGCUCUACGGUUAGCACUGAUGUUCUUGUAAAUUGCAAUUUUUGUAAAAUACUUUCCAGAGGAUUAAAGGAGAAAUAUGUCACUCAUGAGUGUCAGUGAUUGAUUUCCUUGUUUAAUGGUGACUUUUAAAAAAUGGUUUCUGGGAGUUAAUUUUUUUUAAAAGGUUUAAUAUCAAAUACUAAGAUUACACUUGGCCUGCUCUUUGAAUAUAGAUCGUAUUCUCAGAUAAUCUCACUUCUCUGAAGUUUAUUUUGAAAUACUCAAAAGACAAUCCAUGCAAUGAAAUCCAAAUUGUAUGCAGCAUGAGGAUUAUGAACAAUGAUGUGGAUACAACUUGCUUACUGCCAAUCAUUUUUUUG